AUUUUCGUCACAGCGAUGGCGACAUUCAGAAGUGAAUUUCACAGCGUGCCGAACACUUACAACCAGCGCCUGACGGCAUUGAAGAAAAAGCUGACCACGUGUUUUCAGCACUGGCUGCUCAAGCUGCAACAACACCAACGCCAGCAGAAUCACCAACGUGGCACUGGGCAGUUCUAUAAUAUAUUUGUCCGCGCGGACUGCUCCAUUUUGGACGAGAAAGUUACCUAUUUGCGCAAAUUCAAAAGGAUCUUCACAGCACGCCAGAAUUUGGCAAGUGCUCGGACAGCAGCCGCUCAGCUACAGCCAGCACUUGGUCGCCGCAUCAGCCAGAAGCAGACGCAGGUGGCAGAGGAGGAGUUGCAAAUUGUAGCGCGACUAUUCUCAUCGACCCUCAUAUCGAGCACCCUCAGCUCCGAAAUGACUAUCAUGGAUAGCACCUAUAUAGGGGUGCGUGACGAGCACCCCGAGAUUGAUGCUGAAAUACGCGCCAUACUGCUGGCUAAUGCCCAGAAUGGUAUCACGAUAUCAAGCAUCAAAAAUGAGUAUCGACAAUUGACGGGCACUGCAUUUCCGGUGCACGACAACAUCACAGACUUUCUGCUAACCAUUCCGCACGUCACGGCCGAGUGCUGUGAGUCCGGCAAGCGCAUCUUUAACAUCAAGCCCACUGAGGAAACACGCCAUCUUCACGAGAUGAUAUUGCAGCAGCGCCAACGUGAGAGUCGAAACAAUUACAACAAUAACAACAACAACAACACCCACUACAACAACAACAACCACAUGGUGUACUCACAGGAGCCGCCACGUCUGUGGCGCUCACAAUACAAACGGCGAAUGCCACCCAACUUCAAUGUUAAUCUCAACUCGAGCGAGAAGCCAGCUGUCAAGAUGGCCAAGCUGCAGCCCCUGGCCACGGCUGCUGCAUUGGCGCCCAACGGUGUCUAUCAUGACAACUGGAAGCAUCUCAACAAUCAGUAUCAGCUACCGCAGCCCAAUGCUCUCAAGAACAGCAACAGCAUCAACAUCUACUCGAAUACUUUGAAUCCUGCACAGUUACAGGCAGCACCGCCGGCAGAGCACAAAGAGCAACAGCAGCCGCAGCAGCAACAACAACAUCAAGUAGUUCAGCAGUUGAAACACCUGGAGGAGUACACACAUAAGAGGCGAAACGAUUUCACACCCACGCCAACAACGUUGUCAUGUCCAUCGCAACAUGACUCCAUGUUCACCAUCAACUCGGACUAUGAUGCAUAUCUAUUGGACUUUCCACUGCUGGGCGACGACUUCUUGUUAUAUCUGGCACGCAUGGAGCUGAAGUGCCGUUUCAAGAAGUACGAGAAGGUGCUGCAGUCUGGACUCUGCAUCUCUGGACAGACGAUCAAUGCGGCCAGGCAACGGCUGCGACUUGUCGAGCUGCCGGAGAUGACGCAAAUCAUCGUUAAUAUCGGCUCCGUGGAUAUAAUGCGUGGCAGGCCGCUUGUGCAGAUCGAGCACGAUUUCCGUCAGCUGGUGAAGGAGAUGCAUAGCCGUAGAUUUGUACCAGUGCUGACCACGCUCGCACCGCUGGCCAACUAUCGCCACGACAAGCAGACAUGCGACAAGGUGUUGCGCCUGAACAAGUUUAUACGCAACGAGGGGCGACACCUGAAAGUUAUUGAUAUACAUUCCUGUCUGAUCAACGAGAAUGGCGUCGUGCGAUUCGAUUGCUUCCAGAACGGGCCACGUAGUGUGACGGGCUCAUCUGAGCCACAUGUAUUCUGGAACAAAAUCGGACGGCAGCGAGUGCUUCAGAUGAUUGAAGCGAAUUUGGAGUAUUAGGGAAGAGCUGAGGAGCUGAAGAGCUGUGGAGCUGAGCUGAGGGAGCCACCGGUCUGGCACCAGGCUUCAAAUUUUACAUUCAUUUCAAGUGACGGCAUGCAGAGUUGUUUUUAAAACUGAAAUGUGAUUUCGAAUGUUAGUUUUUAAUGUGUUUUAUGUUCGUUUCGUUCUGUGUUAGUCUUUGUCUUUAUUUGUAAAUCUAUGUGAUAAAUAUGUGUUAAAUGUU